UGCAGCCUUUUUAGGUAUAUAUUAAGAGGAGAGACUCGUUUGCACCCGCCUCCUCCUCCUCCUCCAUUUUCUCGCAGAUUGAAUAGAAUCAAAUCAAUCCCACACAACCCCCAAGUUUUAAGUUUAAGAGUGAGAGAGAAGGGUGCCGCACGGCCCAAACCACAAACGUUGUUGAUCCAGCAAACCCUAGUUGGAUAUUUUCCUGGGUUUUGGGUCUUAAACCCUUCUCUGUUCUUGAGCUGGUGUGUCUGUUUUAGGUUUGUAUUCAUUUUUAUCAUGGAGAUGAGUUGUUAUAUGAAGAGCAGCCCAUGUGAAGGCAUGAAAUCUGGACUCUUUUCAUCUUCUUCCACGGUCGUGAAUCGGCCCGGAUCCUAUUUGUCGAAACCAAAUUCCUUGCAGCUUUUCUUCAGCUCCAAAAAGGGAGCGAGUAAUCUCAAUUUGUCAUCUUUGAAUCGGCAGCUCCGCUUGCGGAGAUUGUGCAAGAGAGUGAGCUAUGUGCGGAGCGAGCAUGGUGUUUCUGGGGUGAAUAGUGGUUCCACGAAUCCAUUAGGGUUCGAAAAGACGUGUCCGGGGAAAAGAACUGAUAUAAAGAAGAUCCUGAUACUGGGUGCAGGGCCUAUUGUUAUCGGGCAGGCUUGUGAAUUCGAUUACUCGGGGACACAAGCAUGUAAGGCCCUUAAGGAGGAAGGGUACGAGGUUAUUCUCAUCAAUUCGAACCCGGCUACAAUAAUGACUGAUCCUGAGAUGGCGGACAGGACUUACAUUGCUCCAAUGACGCCGGAGCUUGUGGAGCAAGUUUUGGAGAAGGAGAGACCCGAUGCGCUGUUGCCCACCAUGGGCGGGCAGACAGCCCUUAACCUUGCUGUGGCAUUGGCAGAGAGGGGGUCGCUUGACAAGUAUGGGGUGGAGUUGAUCGGAGCAAAGCUUGAUGCAAUUAAGAAAGCAGAGGAUAGGGAUUUGUUCAAGCAAGCCAUGGAAAAUAUAGGGAUCAAGACACCACCUUCGGGAAUUGGGACAACCCUAGAGGAGUGUAUGGAAAUUUCAAAUUCCAUUGGGGAAUUCCCUUUAAUCAUAAGGCCAGCAUUCACUUUGGGAGGGACAGGAGGUGGAAUUGCUUAUAACAGAGAGGAGUUUGAGACGAUAUGUAAGUCGGGGCUUGCUGCUAGCCUGACAUCACAGGUUCUGGUGGAGAAAUCUCUGUUGGGAUGGAAGGAGUAUGAGCUUGAGGUUAUGAGGGAUUUGGCAGACAACGUGGUUAUUAUAUGUUCGAUUGAGAAUAUUGAUGCAAUGGGUGUCCAUACUGGGGAUUCAAUCACUGUGGCCCCUGCACAGACCUUGACCGACAGGGAGUAUCAGCGGUUGAGGGAUUAUUCAAUUGCCAUCAUAAGGGAAAUAGGGGUUGAAUGUGGUGGUUCAAAUGUUCAAUUUGCUGUUAAUCCUAAUGAUGGGGAAGUUAUGGUAAUUGAGAUGAACCCCCGAGUUUCAAGGUCCUCUGCUCUGGCAUCAAAGGCUACUGGUUUUCCAAUAGCAAAAAUGGCUGCCAAGUUAUCAGUUGGUUACUCACUGGAUCAGAUUCCUAAUGACAUCACAAAGAAAACGCCUGCUAGUUUUGAACCUUCUAUAGAUUAUGUGGUGACAAAGAUACCCAGGUUUGCUUUUGAGAAGUUCCCUGGCUCAGAGCCAAUACUGACAACCCAGAUGAAAUCUGUUGGUGAGUCCAUGGCACUGGGCCGCACAUUCCAAGAAUCUUUCCAGAAAGCAGUUCGAUCAUUGGAGUGUGGUUUUGCUGGAUGGGGUUGUGCGCAGGUUAAGGAACUAGGUUGGGACUGGGAGCAGUUAAAGUAUAGCCUUCGAGUCCCUAACCCUGAUCGUAUGCAUGCUAUAUAUGCUGCAAUGAAAAGAGGAAUGAAGGUGGAUGUCAUUCACGAGUUGAGUUUCAUUGACAAAUGGUUCCUCACCCAGCUCAAAGAGUUGAUUGAUGUGGAACAGUUUCUAAUGGCUCGGAGUUUGUCUGAUUUGACUAAGGAUGAACUUUACGAAAUCAAGCAGAGAGGUUUCAGUGAUAAGCAGAUUGCUUUUGCAACUAAGUCCACAGAGAAAGAAGUUCGCUCAAGGCGUUUGUCUUUGGGUGUCACUCCAGCGUACAAACGUGUUGAUACCUGUGCUGCAGAGUUUGAGGCAAAUACUCCUUAUAUGUACUCUUCCUAUGACUUUGAGUGUGAAUCUGCUCCAACCACAAAAAAGAAGGUUUUGAUUUUAGGUGGAGGUCCAAAUAGGAUAGGUCAAGGGAUUGAGUUUGACUACUGUUGCUGCCAUACAUCCUUUGCUCUUCAGGAUGCUGGCUAUGAGACAAUCAUGAUGAAUUCUAAUCCUGAGACAGUAUCUACUGAUUAUGACACAAGUGACCGUCUCUACUUUGAACCUCUGACAAUUGAAGACGUUUGCAACAUUAUUGACCUGGAACGGCCUGAUGGCAUUAUUGUGCAGUUUGGAGGUCAAACCCCACUAAAACUUGCUCUUGGAAUCCAACACUAUUUAGAAGAGCACAAGACUGUAUGUGCUAGUGGAAGUGGGUAUGUUUGCAUUUGGGGCACAUCACCUGAUUCCAUUGAUGCAGCUGAGGACAGAAAAAGGUUCAAUGCUAUCCUGCAGGAGCUGGAUAUUGAACAGCCAAAAGGAGGGAUUGCCAAGAGUGAAGCUGAUGCAAUUGCUAUUGCAAAAGAAAUAGGUUACCCAGUUGUUGUCCGUCCUUCCUAUGUACUUGGUGGGCGGGGCAUGGAGAUUGUUUAUAAUGAUGAGAAGCUUGUGACCUACCUUGAGAAUGCUGUUGAGGUGGACCCUGAUCGUCCUGUUUUGAUUGACAGAUAUUUAUCUGAUGCAAUAGAGAUAGAUGUUGAUGCACUGGCAGAUUCUUAUGGUAAUGUCGUGAUUGGUGGAAUCAUGGAACAUAUUGAGCAGGCUGGAAUUCAUUCUGGUGACUCAGCCUGCUCAAUUCCAACAAAAACAAUUUCCUCUGCCUCCUUGAAUACUAUUAGGUUGUGGACUGAGAAAUUGGCAAAGAGGUUAAAUGUGUGUGGACUGAUGAAUUGUCAGUAUGCAAUUACUGCAUCUGGGCAGGUUUUCUUGCUUGAGGCUAAUCCUCGUGCAUCACGUACGGUUCCAUUUGUGUCCAAAGCAAUUGGGCAUCCACUGGCUAAGUAUGCUUCUCUUGUGAUGUCAGGAAAGUCUCUUCAGGACCUAUCUUUCACAAAAGAGGUAAUUCCUCAACAUGUAUCAGUUAAGGAGGCUGUUCUUCCAUUUGAGAAAUUCCAGGGUUGUGAUGUCUUCUUGGGCCCUGAAAUGCGCAGCACUGGUGAAGUGAUGGGCAUUGCUUUUGAAUUUUCAAAUGCAUUUGCCAUGGCCCAAAUUGCUGCUGGGCAGAAGCUGCCAGUUUCUGGUGCUGUUUUCCUUAGCUUAAAUGACUUGACAAAACCCCAUCUUGCUAGAAUUGCCCGGGCCUUUUCAGGAUUAGGGUUCGGUAUAAUUGCAACUUCUGGCACAGCUCAUGUCCUUGAACUGGAAGGCAUCCCUGUGGAGCGAGUGCUAAAGCUGCAUGAAGGCCGGCCUCAUGCUGGUGAUAUGAUUGCUAAUGGGCAGAUUCAGUUGAUGGUGAUUACAAGCUCAAGUGAUCCACUUGACCAGAUUGACGGAAGAAAGCUGAGGAGGAUGGCCCUUGGCCAUAAGGUUCCAAUUAUAACAACAGUUGCCGGAGCUUUAGCUACUGCAGAGGCUAUAAGGAGCUUGAAAUGCCGCGCUCCUCAGAUGGUUGCUCUUCAAGACUUCUUUGACAUUGAGGCUGAAGCAAGGAACUUACAGUCUGUCUCUUCCGCUCUUUAAAUCUAUUUGACAUUAUGGUAAGAUUUCAUUUUAUCUUCUUAGACUUCCUCUUGUCAAAACAAUUUUAUUUUGGACAUGCUUUCUCAUCCGCUUUUUACAACUUCUUGAGUCUGUAAUGUAAAUGUGUUAUUUUAAUGCAAUUUCACGGUUCUGGCUGUCAAAUAUAGUUUCCCUAUGAAGCUAGGUGACCAUUUUUAGCAAGGGUGUUGCCAUCAAAAGUGCUCUGCUUUGUCUCGGGGCAAAUUGUUGAAUUGGCACUUUGGCUGCUUGACAUAGGAACAAGUUGCUACUAGGGUCAACUUUGAAAUUGAUGUAGAAGGUGGUAUGUCUUAUUUUUCGGCUGCUUGACCAAAAACGGUGUAGCUUUAACCCAAAAACAGAUUGGAUUGAUUGUAUUUUAUUUUCAUUCA